AUGGGCAGCCUCUCCGGCCCGGCAGCCACGGCGCUGCCGUACUGGCAAGUCAACGUCCCCACGGACCGCCGCACAGACGAGUGCCCGGAGGGCCUCCGCAACCUCUCGGCCAAGGACGUCGGGAUCCUGAGCACGCCCGACGCGGCCUACAACCGGCAGACGUGGACGGAAGUCCGGCGGCUCGUCGAGACGAACCGUCUGGAUCUGUUCCAGCGGGUGCCGAGCGAGCUGAGGCGGUACCGCUUGUUUAUUCACCACCUGAUCAAGGAGCAUGGGAGUGUGAUGAACUUUGUGCUGAGGCAGCGGCUUGGAUGGGAGGAGCCGUUGAGGGCUACUGAGGGUAAGAGGCCGUUUGAGGCAGAGGGGGAUUAUAGGAUUUUGUAUAAUGAUUGGCCGUAUGGAAUUGAUGGGCGGAUUGUACAUCUUGUUGUUUGGACAAAGUUUGAGCUAGAGGAGAAUCCGGCUACGGGGGAUUUGACAGAGAAAGCGAGGGAGGAGAUUGAUCGAUUUGUGGAGGGGACGUUUCGGGCGAGAACGGAGCCUGAUACUGUCAUUUGGUUCAAGAACUGGCGGAGUCUCAAGUCCAUUCACGCGGUUGAGCAUUUCCACGUCAUGCUCUUUGACCCGGAUCCCGCGUUCAUUCGGGAGAUUACCAAUGGAGAUGUGCCCCAAUGUGACAAGUUUGAGGCAUGA